UGCGCCUCGUUUAUUUGCGUUGAUUGAUCUCUUCAGCCCUGGGAAAUCAACGCGGCUAGACACAAAUCGUUAGCUGUCUGCAUUUUGUCCGCUUUUACGUUCUUUUCCUUCUUGCAGAGCUGAGAAGAGGUUGACCAUGUCGGAAGCCAAGAAAGCCCGCACAGAGAAGAGAGGUUUCUUGGAGCGAUUGGCAGCUGGUGAGGUUAUUAUUGGAGAUGGCGGUUAUGUGUUUGCACUGGAGAAGCGUGGCUAUGUGAAGGCUGGACCAUGGACCCCAGAAGCUACUGUAGAAUACCCAGAAGCAGUACGUCAGCUGGCCCGUGAGUUUUUGAGGGCAGGUAGUGAUGUUAUGCAAGCAUUCACCUUCUACGGCAGUGACGACAAGCUAGAGAACCGUGGCAACGUGUCCCAAAAGAAACACUCAGGAUCUGCUGUCAACGACGAGGCUUGUAAGAUCGCCCAAGAGGUUGCCAACGAGGGUAACGCCUUGGUAACCGGAGGCGUCUCCCAGACACCCAACUACCUCUCAGGAAGCGGCAAAGAGGCUGUUCAAGAGCAGUUCCGCAAGCAGGCAGAGGUCUUCAUCAAGAACGACGUGGACUUCCUCCUUGCUGAGUAUUUUGAGCAUGUAGAGGAAGCAGUGUGGGCCGUUGAAGAGCUAAAGAAGACCAACAAGCCAGUGGCAGCCUCUCUGUGCAUUGGCCCUGAGGGAGAUCUCCAUGGCGUCUCAGCCGGUGACUGUGCCGUCAAGUUGGCUAAAGCAGGUGCGGAUGUCGUUGGCCUGAAUUGUCACUUUGGGCCUGAUGAGACUCUGCAGGCCAUCCGCUUGAUGAAGGCUGCCCUCGAUAAGGAAGGCCUGAAGCCUUACUUGAUGACACAACCCCUGGGCUUCAAGACUCCUGAUUGCAACAAGCAAGGAUUCAUUGAUCUACCAGAGUUCCCAUUCGGUCUGGAACCCCGCAUUGUGACCCGCUGGGAUUGCCACAAGUACGCCCGCGAGGCCUACGAAAUUGGUGUACGUUACAUUGGAGCCUGCUGCGGCAUGGAACCCUACCAUGUCCGUGCUAUCGCUGAGGAGCUGUCUGAAGAGAGAGGUUGCCUACCUCCAGGAUCAGAGAAGCACGGUCUAUGGGGAGAUGGUCUGCGCCAGCACACCAAGCCAUGGGUUAGAGCGAGAGCUCGCCGUGAUUACUGGGAGAAUCUGAAGCCCGCAAGUGGGCGCCCAGAGUGCCCUCAGGUGUCCAAACCAGACAGUUGGGGCGUGACCCAGGGCGACAAGGAUCUGCUCCAGAAGACGGAGGAAACUACCGACGCUGAACUUAAAGAUCUAUUCAAGAAGUAGGAGAGAGAGUUGAAAUAUCAUGAAAGCCACUGGUGGGGAAAGACAAGCAACCAGUAAAAUGGCAUGUAUUCAGUGAAGAAAUUGUUAAAUAGUUUGACUGCAAGUAGAAUGUUUUUAGAUUUGUUUGUAGUUUUUUCUUUUUUUCUUAAUAGGUCAUUUCCAAACAUUUCUUUUUGAAACAAACGCGUUCGAUUUACCCAAGAAAAAGAUUGACUUUGUUUUGAAAAGGAAUGUUUCUACUUUUGCCUUGUCUACUUUACUAACCCUCAUGAUUAACACAAAAUGAAGUUUAAAAUUGUAAAUUUCAUUUCCAAAAAACUAAACUCAAUUAUAUUUGUCCAAGACAGAAUCAUGUAACAGACAUUCCUAAUAUACAAAACUUUAUACGUGUAUACAAGAGAUAGAUACUUUAAAAGAUAUCCCAUCUGGAAAUUUAUAUUUUAUUUUGGACUGAGCAGGGUGUGCCGUGAAAAGUUUUUUUUAUUGUUAACAAGGGUGUAAACAAUUCAAACCAAAAUACUUGUUUGUGAACCGAAAGAAAAUGUGUGUGUGUAAAAACAAAAGUAAAACAACUUUGAGCUCUCUGUGUCUCAAACCAGCAACUUUUAUUUCAUUUAAAUGAAAUAUAAAAAGGAGUAGAUGUAAAAAAACAAUCAUAAUUGUUUUACACAUCCUUUCCUCUGAAAUGAAGGACUUAACUUUAAAAGUGCCUUAACAUAAAACUGUAAUAAUAGAGUGAAAUUUCAGCGGCAGCUUAAUAUAUUGCAUUGCUCUGGCCGUCAUAUUGCCCUUUUUUAUUCUUGUAAAGUACAUCCCUUUAUUUUUCUAUUCCGUUGAAAUACAUUCUUCUUAUUUUGUUGAAAUACAUUCUUCUUAUUUUGUUGAAAACAUCAGUUUAACAAGUUAUGACACUUAUUUUACAGUUCAAAAAGGUUUGUGUUUGAAUUGGUGGCUACGGCUGGAGUAUAGAAAGCAUAUCAAUGGCCGAGUCGUAGCCACCAAUUUUGGAUACGGCCUUAGAACCAAGAGUUUGACAAGAUCUUUGAUAGUUCCCUCAUGGACUGGUGGAAUAUUACUUGACUCUUUUACCUUUUAUGAUUACUCGACUCUUACCUUUUAUGAUUGCAAUCAUUGGAUUCGGUAGCACAAUAAUCAAAACAAGCAACAUCCGAGUUUCGCUAUUGGCCACACAUCAUAUGAUUUCUUCUUGAUUAUUAACAAGUGAUUGUUGCAUUUCUCGCAUUUUUAAAGUUUUGUUUUUGUUAAUUUUGUUUUUUCCAGGGAUUAUGAUCUUUAGUUUAUGGUUACAAUGUAGACUGGUAAUAUGAGAAAGUCACAAAAUAAAUACAGCAAUGUGUCUGUUAACUUCCAGCAAAGAUAAAA